GGACCUUGUCGACAAUCCUACAACGUUCCUGGAACUAAAUUGAUGGUUUGUGACCGCGUUGACUACUAACCUUCUCGUCUUCCUCUCCCGUCCUCAUCAUGUCCCCACAACCUCCCCACCAGACACCUCUCGGCAUGGCAAGCUUUGCAAACCGCCAUGCAUCACCGCGAUCCUUUGGCUCAGGACCCAAUCAGUUCGCGUCCUUUCAGUCAGCACGACCUGCCGCGGCUGGAAGAAAGCGCUCCCGCGAUGAGGCAUCCGUCAACCUGGAGCCUGACGUCUCUGCUCUGCCAGUCGAGGAGCCAGAAACUGAAUGGGUGUACGGACCUGGCAUGACUCUCAUCAAAUCGAAGACGCAAUAUGUCGCCGAUGCCGGCACCCAAUCCGGAACUUGGCUUGAGGAGAAGAAGGCUAUUGAGGAGUCCACUAUCCAGGAGCUGCGAGCCCUCAAGAGAAACCACAAGUCGCAACGCACCGAGCGCAGCUCUGGUGUUCUAUCAUCUGCGCCCGCCCCGGCAACCACCUCUCCUCUCAAGGUCAACCUCGCGCCUUCAUCUCCUGAAGGUCGCCAAGCUCCUGUCAUUGACGACUUCACCCUGCAUCUCGGCAUCGGCUGGAGAAGAAUUAGCAAUGACGAGCACAUUCAGGCUGCUGCUCGAGGCUGGGCUCGUUUCAUUGAGAACCAUUUCGCCCUCUCCAACGUUCGCGUAGUUCUGGAAAGCAACGGUCUUCAGUCGUACCUCGUCGAAACAUCCGAGGGUUUUUUUCUAUUCGCCGAAAACCUCCGCCAAGGCCAACUUGUCAGCCAAACUGUCGAGGGCACACUCAGCAACCUUCAGUGCUCGCCCCCCAAAUUUGACGGCGCUGGGACGCUCUCAGCUGCUGAGUCGCCGAAGCCCGUUGACAUGCGUCCCGUCGUCGCCCUGGCUGACACGGAGAUGAGGAUGGACUAAGCCCCCGUCGAACGGAAACCUAUUAAAAAUCAUGAUAUUUAAUGUUUUUGGAUU